AUUUUGUUUUAAAUUAAAUCAGAAUCUUCUAAUGAUAAAUUUUUGAAUUGAAAAGUGAUUAUGAAGUUAACUGAGCAAUUAUAUGCUCGAAAACAAAGUAUAUUAUAUGGUGUCAAACGUGGUAAAGUACCUGCUGUUCUUCGACCACGUGCUCCUCCUUUGAAAAAAGUUGCUGGAACACCAUCCUGCGUUGAGCAAAUGUCAAGUAUGUUUGAUUGCUGGAAAGUUAAUGGUCACAGUGACGCAUCCUGCUCAAAAGAGAUAGAAGCAUUUCUUUUGUGUGCUAAUGAAUCAAUUGAAAAUUAUCAUGUUGCUAAAAAAGAAAAGAAAACUGGAUGGAACCAAGAAAAACUUGACGAACUUAUAGCAAGAUAUACUGUUCCGCGUAAUAAAGAUGAGAAAAAACAGUUUUUACCGAUAAAAUAAUGAUAUUACCUCA